AUGCCUUUUCUAGGACAGCAUCCAAAUAUUCUUCUCACUAUCUGCGUCAAGCAACGUAUUCGUACUGAGCGCGAAAACGCACAGAAUGCUAAUAAACAGCUUCAGUCAACAUCAGGUCCCUAUCGGCCCACCACUUGGGCCCUUGGAGGAGUACCUAAGAAGAAUGUCGAUAUCCCUGUUACAGCAGUUUUUCUGUUCUUGUAUAUCAUUGGCGCAGCGACACAUAUGACAAUCUUUCAAUACAACAAGCGAAGAGGGCAUAAAUUUCUGUUCAACGGGAUGAUCUUCGGUUUCUGCAUGGCACGAAUAACAACCUGCACCCUGCGCAUCGCCUCCAUCUCCCUCCCCACCAACAUCCGCCUCGCCAUCGCCGCCCAAAUCUUCGUCGCUGCCGGCAUCCUCCUCAUCUUCAUCAUCAACCUCAUCUGGUCGCAGCGCAUCCUGCGCGCACAUCACCCCCUCGGCUGGCACCCCCUCGUCCGCUGGGUCUUCAACGCCCUCUAUAUCGUCAUCAUCUUCACCCUCGCUAUCGUAAUCACCGCCGUCGUUCAGAGCUUCUAUACCCUGCGCCCGCGUACAAGGACUAUCGAUCGCGCGCUGCAGCUGUAUGGCCAGACGCUGUUUGCCGUUGUUGCGUUUCUGCCGAUUCCGAUUGUCGCGCUGGCGCUGGCGCUAUCGCGUGUGGGUAAGAGAGAGGUCGAGACGUUUGGAAAGGGCCGGCACAGGACGAAGAUCGCGGUGUUGAUGGCGGGCGCUACGCUGUGCUGUCUUGGGGCGGCUUAUCGUGCGGGCGCAUCUUGGAUGAGUCCUGUUGCGCUGUCGCAGCCGGAGCCGGCAAGGUUCUAUAGGGGGUGGUUCUACUUCAUGAACUUUGGGCUGGAGAUCCUGAUUGUGUAUAUGUAUGCGGUUAUGCGGGUAGAUCUGAGGUUCCACAUACCGAAUGGAGCGAAGGGGCCGGGCAGCUAUCGGGUUGCACGCAAGAGCGAGGGGGAUGUUGUGGAUGUGGAGAGUUUGCGCGCACAAAUGACAAGGAACAGCGUGGAGUCGGAAAAAGAGGAGGUCGACGAAGUCUAG